CCCGGAGAAGUAAAACUCGGCCAGGACGGCUUGGAGCUGAACGAGCGACUGUAGCAGGACUCCGAGCAUGGAGCCUAUAACGUCGUGGAGUGAGGAGAGAGUCAGCCGGUGGCUCCAAGGUCUGGACGCCCCCCUGCACCAGUACCCGGUCUCGGAGUGGAAUUUGUCCGGCCUGGAGCUGCUCCAGUUGACGUCUCAGGAGCUGGAGAAGUUGGGAGUCACCAAGAUUGGACACCAGGAGCUCAUACUGGAGGCCGUGGAGAAACUCUGCUGUCUGACCUAUGGUAUAGGCGGCGAGAACCUCCGCAGCCUGACAGAGAAGUUGCACGCGGUCGCCGGCAGCUUACAGAAGAACAUCCAGGGCCGCUGGUGUGUCAACGGCUACAACGGACGGAGCACUGUGAAGCUGCCCGUCUCCAUUCUGCAGACUGUAGUGGAGCUUGUCACCUCUGCCAAAGGCCUCUUCUCUUUACUAAACAGAUACCAGUUUUCCCAGCACAGUGGAUACACCACCUGCAAGAACAUAUUCGGUUACUGCAAAGCUCUUGGAGACAUUGUGCACCAGGACACCACCGUCUAUGAGAAGGAAAAGGACAUUAUCUCCGUCUGCCGACAGCUGGUGGCGGUUUGCGAUGAGAUCCUGAACUCCAGCCCCGAAACGCUCCUUACCCAUACUGCUCAGCUGGAGAGUGUUGACCUGGUGCCCGUGUCACCUGGUGAUCACCUGGGCAUCGAGAUAACAUCCACCAGUUCCAGUAACCACUACGUGACCGGAACUGCAGCUGAGCCAUCCGCUGAUGUCUUCGUGAAGAUCUUGGCAGGCGAUGAAGUGGUUCAAGUCAAUGACCAGAUAGUGGUGGGAUGGAGCAGAGCUAACCUUGUGAAGAAGCUGCAGGAGAAUCCCAACGGAGUGACCCUGGUCUUGAAGAAGAUCCCUGGAUCCGUGCGAAUCAGAGACUCAACUCUGCCCUCCCCCUCAGAGGUCAAGAUCAUCGAAGAGAAGGAGGAAGAGAAUAGCGAAGAAAGACCAGAGGAGGAAGACGAAAAGGACGAGGAGGAGAAUCCAAGGCACUCCAUAUUUGAGAGGCUGUCCUAUUCUUUUAGGCGCGCUAUUCAUGGCCCGGAUGAAAAUAAGCAGCCUAUGGGACAGGAAGAAUCCGAGUUACACACUGAAAAAGGAAGUCUAACCUCAUUUCAAAACCAACAGGGGAGGCUGUCACCUGCCCCAGGCUCCGACUCUGAGGGUUCAGUGCGUCCAAGGCUCUCCCCGAAUCUUCAGAGGACGCGGUCGCCCUCUCCCAGAAGCCUUUCGCCCUUCAGAGUGGGGUCAUUCAGAAGUCCUUCGCCUCUGGGAGUCAACCAGGAAACGGCGAGCAUCAGCUCCUGCCCCGAAAUGGUGGGAAACACGGGGAACAAGGACACUAAGAAAUUCUCCACGAAAGGCAUGACAACGGCUCUGAGUCGGCGUCGCGUGUCCUGCCGUGAGUUGGGUCACCCGGACUGCGACGGCUGGCUGUGGAAGAAAAGGAAGGAGAGCAGCGUCUUCAUCGCCCAGAAGUGGCAGCGCUUCUGGUUCGUCCUCAAGGGGCCUUGCCUCUACUGGUACAUGAGUCAGCAGGAUGAGAAGGCGGAGGGCCUGGUCAACAUAGCCAGCUACAGCAUCGAGAGCGCCGGAGAACACAAGAGGAAAUACGUGUUCCAAAUGUGCCACAGGAAAUUUCAGAACUUCUUCUUCGCUGCCGAUCACGUCAGCGACAUGAGCAAGUGGAUUAAUUGUCUUAUGGCAGCCAUACAGAAGCACAAGAAGUUCCACAAAGGCCCAGAUAGCGAAGAAGAAUGCUACAGUGAGACGGAAUCAGAGAGCGAAUCGUCUCCUUCGACCCGCAGGAGAAACAAGAAGGUGCAGUCGAACACUCUGCCUCGCGCUAAGGGGAAGACGAACAAGGUGUCGUCACCGAGUCCUUCAACAGAGGGCAGCAAAGGCGGCCAAGUUGAUGAGAUGGGCAUGAUGUUAAACAACAUAAAGGAAGGAGGAGUCUCCCUGAUCGGGCAAGAGCAGCCGUUUACGCACGACCAGUUCAGGAAAUCGUUCAUUCGACGCAACAAGAACCCCGUGAUCAAUGAGAAGGCGCACCUACUCCGCACUCUACAAAGCACCUUGAAGGCCAAAGAAGCGGAGCUGCAGCAGAUCAGCAAGAUCCUCGACGACCCGGAGCUGACGCCCUCGAAGUACCGUAACUGGAGGGAGCAGAACGAGGAACUAGUUCAAGACAUUGAGAAGCUGGCUGCACUCAAGGCCUCCGAAGCAGGGCACGUUGCAGCGGCGCAGGACACACCCACUGAGACGGUUGCCCCGGAAACGGUCGCCAAGGAAACAGCCGCCGCAGAGAAAGAGGGUGCGUUCAGAAUAAGCCUGAGCGACGGGGAGCAGCUAGUUGACGCGGAGCCGUCUGAUGUUCACCUGGAGAUCGAGCAGGCGUCUCAGACGCCGGAGACCAGUCCAGUAUUAGAACUCUCCCUGGGUUCGCUGCAGGAGUCGAUAAACAAACAGCUGAGUGAAAUGGCGCAGAGCGGGGACGGCGCCGAGAACUACUUCUACAUUUAGGGCCACGCUGGAACAGUCGCAGAAGCUGCUGUGUUUACCGAAAUCAGACUUUUCCCCGCUGGCAUUCGCCUAAAAAAAAGGAUGAAUCAAAGCUGGCACUAAAUCAGCACUCCAAUCAAGUAUAUAAGAGCAGACUUGUUAGUUUGUCUUCUUCAAAAUGUAGACGUACGACAAGUUUACAGCAAACAGAACAAUUUGCCAAGUGUCAAUCAUGGAGUUCUGAGGUUAACUUGUUCUUCUUGUGAUGAAAAUAUCAAGUAGGACAAUUCUUAGAAUUCAAAGAGAUUUUUUUAAUGUAAGUCAUGUCUCACGUUAUAUGUAAAUACAGUUUUACUAUAAAUACUGUAUGUAUUUGUUUAUUGACAUUACCUUAAUAAAGGUACAAUGGAAAAACGUUUGCACUGAA